UGCUUCCAUACUCAUCCGAUAUUCAGUUUCCAAACCCUUCUUCCUUCUCUAAAUUAAUUCGUUCAUUUUUCUUACUUCAUUUUGUUUCAAAUACUCUGAACUUAAAAAACCAAAAAAAAUCAUGAAGAUCAAGGCUUCUGGGUUCUUCAAACCAAUCAUGUCCUUAUUGAGUUCAGUUGCCAAGGCCAAGUCCUUAGCCAUCAAGACCAAAACAAGUGCACUCAAGGCUCGACUCAUCCUGUUCUCUCUGGUCAAGAACAGGAAGGUCUUGCUCGGCUCAAUCUCCAACAAAAUUCACAGCAUUCUUGGUCAACAACACGACAAGGACAGUCAAAACGGCGACGUUGAGGGCCAAAGCAAGGCUAUUGUUCUCUACAACGCAAUGUCCAGGGAGGACAUCGAGACCGCCCAUUAUGAUGCUGAUGAUGAUGAUAAGUAUCCGGAUCUCACUCACUCGCUGUUCGAUGAUAAUGAUUUCGUUGACCAAGGUGGGUCCAUCAUUGACUUGGUGAGGAAUUCAAAGGAGGAAGGAGGUCAGAAUUUCAGCUUGGAAGAUGAGAUCGAUCAUGUGGCGGAUUUGUUCAUUUUGAGGUUUCACAAGCAGAUGAAAUUGCAGAAGCUCGAGUCCUUCAAAAGGUUCCAGGAGGAAAUGCUUGCCAGAGGAACUUGAUCAGAUUCAGAUGGAAUUAAGUGGGAUUUUCUUAUUUUUGUUUAUUUAAUUUGAGAUUAAUCUUAGAAAUUCGAAUAAAAUUAAUCGAGAAAAAAGAAGAAAGUAAUGGAUACUAUUGGGCUUAGAUUGGGCCUGUAUGUUGCCAGAAUGGGUUAUAUGUCGGGCCUCAGUGUUGCCUAAGUGGCCUCUGUAAUUUAUAAUUCAUUAUUGCAAUAAUAUUGGUAGUAAUUAUAUAU